GCUCCCUAUUGGGUUUACAGUAACGCUGGUGUGUCGUCACUGCUGUGCCUGUGACUACAAUUUGAUCAGCAGAGCUCCUUCGCGACUCCGGUUGCUUGUAUACAGUGUCCCGACACAAUAAUGGUCAUCAUGAAGAGCUCAAGAGGAUUACAAAUCGCCUUCGGAAUUUAUAAGCGAAGUCAUCAUUCAGUUGGAAUUAUUGGAGCGCCUUUUUCAAAAGGACAGCCACGGGAUGGUGUGGAGAAAGGACCAGACCUCAUUCGGGCUGCGGGAUUGGUGGAGAAGCUCAAAGCUCAAGGCUGUGCUGUCAAAGAUUACGGCAACCUGACAUUUGAGGAGGUGGCCAACGAUGAACCAGUAGGCAGAGUAAAGAGACCCAGAGCCGUGGGCAGCGCCAACAAGCGUCUGUCUGCAGCCGUCCACGCCGUGAAGUCUGACGGACACACCUGUGUGAUGCUGGGGGGGGACCACAGCUUGGCGAUCGGCUCAAUCCUGGGGCACGCGGCCUCUAAGGCGGAACUCAGUGUGGUGUGGGUGGACGCCCACGCGGAUAUCAACACACCUCUGACCUCCCCUACAGGCAACAUCCACGGACAGCCCAUGUCCUACCUCAUCCACGAGCUGCAGUCCAAGAUUCCAGUUCUGCCCAACUUCUCUUGGAUAAAACCAUGUGUAUCCGCCAAAGACAUCGUCUACAUUGGCUUGAGAGAUGUGGAUCCAGAAGAACAUUAUAUCCUGAAAUCACUGGGCAUUAAAGCGUUUUCCAUGUCGGAGGUGGACCGCCUUGGAAUCGCCAAAGUUAUGGAGCAGACGGGCGACUACAUCUUCUCAAAGGUGAAGAAGCCCAUCCACCUGAGCUAUGACAUUGAUGCCUUAGACCCGUCUAUAACCCCGGCCACGGGGACACCUGUUGUGGGAGGACUGACCUACAGAGAGGGAAUUUACAUCACAGAAACCAUCUGUCAGACAGGACUGCUGUCUGCGGUGGACUUGGUGGAGGUGAACCCUAAGAGGGGCAGGACAGAGGAUGAGAUCAGCUCCACGGUCAGCGCCGCGGUAGAUCUGAUACAGGGCUGCUUCGGAAAGCUCCGGGAGGGAAACCACUCUUCAGACUACAAGAUGCCCGUACCUUGAGUUGCCGAGCACGCCUGGAGCUUUAGAAUUGAGGACUCAGGCCAAAAUCACCAUCCUUCUGCACUUCAGAAUCAUCAAGGCUUUUUCUGAAUUUGAGUUUUAACUAUUUAAUUGCCUUUUGUAUCAAAUCAUGAAGAGAUUAAAAUAAUUUUUUAAGGAA